UUCGAAUUGUGAAAGAGGUGGCAAAGAUUGAUGUUAUCGAUGUAUUCAAGGUAUAUUAAUUUAAAAAAAUUAAAUUUACAUUUUAUAAAAAUGUUAGUUUUUGAAGAACAAAUUUAAAAUAUAAAUAUAACAUCGGAAUUAGCUUGCUCAGGUUCUGUCCCGUGCAAAUUAUUUGUAUUUAGUGCUGUGCCUUAGGUCAAAAAACAUAAUCUUCCGCACAUGCCGAAUUAGGUUUAAAAAAUAUUUUUCAAUAUUUUAAACAAAAUGUAGGUAAAAACAUUUAAAACUAUUAACCAUUUUUUGGAAAAUUUCUUUACACUGUAAUAGAAAAAAGCUAAAUAGUUUUAUAUUAUUAUUAGUUUUCAUUUCUAUUAAAAAUUCGAGUAUCGUCAAAUAUCCGCAAAGAGACAUUAUCAUCUAGAAUCAGGAAAUUUAUUUAGCAACAUUUAAAAAUACCAUUUUGAAACAAAUAUUAAAAUGCAAAGAAAGCUAAAACAGAUUUUAAGCUGUAUUUGAGCUUGGCUGAACUCGAAAACUGCUAAUCUAGACCCAGUGUAAACACACCGUACGUUUCGAUACGCAUUGCUCGAUACGAUGCACCAUCGCAGUUAUCGAUGGUGUCAUCUCUGAGGGAUUUUAUAAACAAAACAAACCGGCGGAAUACUCUCCUCUUCUUAUGGCCAGAAAGUAACGUAAAAGGAAAAAACUGGGGCAAUCAUGGCCUCCAAGCGAUAUGGUCCCAUGAAGGACUUUGCGCGGGCCAAGAAACCUCGUCUGGAUGUCAGCGUGACCCGCGGAUCAACGCGGCCCAGUCCGCCGAGGAAUAAUUUCGAUGGGGUUUUCUGGGACGACGAAGACGACGACGUCAUCUUAAUGGCCACCCAGCUGGCGGAGGCCGAGAUAGAGGCGGAGGCGCGCAAAAGGAAGGCGGGAGCGGAUGUGGACAUUGGCCACAGCGAGGUGACCUUCAGUGAAUUCGCUCCCAUGGGCCAAAGCUCCACGAGCACGCAGCAAAUGUUCCCGCCCCCACCACCGCCAAAAAAGAAGUCCACUUCCUUGGACAUGGAAGCCAUUUUCGGGGACGACGAUGACUUUGAUUUCCUGGCCGUAACCCUCAUCGAUAGCGAGCCACAGAAGCUGGCGGACUCGAAACCCAGUACAAGUAGGAUCACAACUUCCAGCAUCAGUGUGCAGCAGAAAACUACGACCACGACUACCAUUAAUGCCACACAAUCCCGCCAGCAGGAGCACCAGAUCAAAUUUCUCAUGGAGCGAAUCGAAGCUCUUAAGCGGGACAAGGCUCAGCUGGAGAAAAAUCUGGGCGACAGCAACGAGCGCAACGAGAUCAAGUCGGGAGAGGUUACCCUGCUUCGCGAUGAGCUUAAGCACGUGCGCCAGCAGCUGCAGGCCAGCAAGAUGGAGAAGCUGGCCUUGGCCGACGAAACGAAUCGGGACUGCAACAAAAAAGUGGCGGAGGCGGCCAAACAAGUUGCGGCCAAGGACAUCGAGUUGAAGAUGAAGAACGCCGAGUACAGCAAGCUGAAGACACAGCAAAGAGCGCAUGAAAAAAGUAUGAAUUCCAGCAUUUUGCACGCUGCCCCAGAUCCGAUAGAGAAGCGGUCCUUACUCCGUCUUCAGAAGCUGAACAUACACAGAUCUGUGCCCAGGCUAAAAGCAAACAAUGGCAGUAUGUUUGAGUAUAGCGAAGAUGAGGGUCAGGCUAAGAAGCGGAGAAACCCCUUCGAGCUAGAGCUGAAGCAACUGCUGCUCUACUACGCGCAGUUGCAAGCGCAGCCAGAAUCAUUGGAUAAUCUCAUUCCCAGGAUACUCUCUUCAGUCGGCAAGGUUUUCACUGAGUUUUCGUCGUAUGCUCAAAGCUUGGACUUUCCCCACAACUGCAUGUUGUAUCCCUACAAUCCCUACAACCUCGAGGAGCAAGUUCACCGGACCUCUCUUUCCCAGCAGGGUAGCCUCUUUGAGAACGAAAGGGCUGUGCCAUUGCGUCGCUACAUGGCUACCUUGGCUUUGAUUUGCCGGCAAGAGGAAAGAAUUUCCAGAGCCCUCCUGGAGUGGAAAGAGAAUGAAAUGGGAUUGAUUGAGAUGGCAACCGAAGCUGUUAUCAAGCUGGGAUUUUCCUACGAGGUUAGUAAGCAUUUUGGCUUGCUGGAAGCUUUGGCUUCCCUUCUGAAUAGUCUUAUACAAGGAGAGGGGUUGCCUCAACAAAAUGAGGAGCUACUCUUUGAUCUUCUGAAGCAGCUGGCAUUUACUCGCCCCAGUCCUUGGGUUUUUGCUGAGCUCAGCAUCUGUUUCUUGAGCUGCCUUCGACAGCCUGAAUUGAUGGUUAAGAUGUGUGUAAAUAGUCCCAAGGAGAGCUUUGUCUCGGACAGGGUUCGAUCCGUGUAUCGGUUUGGUCCCGACUCCUGUCUACUACAGGUCUAUGCGGGAUUGCUGGAGCUGUGCUUCUUCAGUGAAACCCCUCUGAGAAAGGAUCACUUCCAGUUACUGCUCCAAAUAGGAAGAAAUCACGUGCGCUUUGCUUUCGAGUGUUUCAAGAAUCCACCGGACUUCGUACUGGAAAUGCUGCCGUACUUCACAGACGUCGACGAGGAGGAAUCUGGCGAAAGAACUGUGAUGAAAGCGGGCAGCACUUUGAGUUGCAGUACGACAGGAGCGGUCCAGGGAUCGAUCUCCAGUGCAUCUACGUCAGCUUCCGUUUCAAACUUGAAUGUAAACUCCAAUUCCAACUCGAGUUCAACGCAGCGCAGCAAAGACUGCGAGUGCUAUGUGAAGCUGUGCCUUAGUGCUGUCACGAUUGUCUUCCAAGUGAUGCACCAAUGGAUGUUGCACGAAAGAAAAUCAGGGGACGUGUCCCGCCCCCCGACGGACCAUUGCUAUUCGUGGUGGACCCACUGGCUCCACUGAUGGAAGAAGCUGUUGCUGUCGUGGCCGUCAUCCGCUUCGCUGGCAUGGCGUCCCAUUCGCGCCGCCCGUCCUCCCAAAAGGUCUGCAGACGUUGCAGAGCUCCAAUAUUUCUUAGAAUCCGCUUGUUUUCCGCUGGAGCUCGCGUUGAUCCCUUUCGUUUUCCUUUGAGGUUAAUAGGAAAGCAGUGUGCAUGCCGAUACACAACAAUCGAUAGUUCGAAUUGUGAAAGAGGUGGCAAAGAUUGAUGUUAUCGAUGUAUUCAAGGUAUAUUAAUUUAAAAAAAUUAAAUUUACAUUUUAUAAAAAUGUUAGUUUUUGAAGAACAAAUUUAAAAUAUAAAUAUAACAUCGGAAUUAGCUUGCUCAGGUUCUGUCCCGUGCAAAUUAUUUGUAUUUAGUGCUGUGCCUUAGGUCAAAAAACAUAAUCUUCCGCACAUGCCGAAUUAGGUUUAAAAAAUAUUUUU